UUCUCCACUACAGGCGCCCGGGCGCCGCUUGCGUUCGCGAUGGCGUCGUGAGAAGUCGCCGCCGCCGCCGAAGGCGAGGCCCGGUCGAGCCACGCGGGAGGUCCGACACCCCGGGCGACGCCUCACGGUGCCGGUGAUGCAGUGAGACCCGCCUGCGCGACGCAGUUUUAUAGCAGCGAUGUUGGCCACAAACGACGUCGGCAGAAGGAUGUCCGACAUGUCCGGCAGGUCCUCGCAGGACACCGUCGACAGCCAAGGAGAAAAUACUCUAGGCUCCACAGAAGAAAACCAGAUCAUCCCACCACCACCGGCGCCACCGAGGCGACGCGUCCGAUGCCUGUUGCCGAUGCUCUUGGCCAUGUUCUUGGUUCUCGUGGGCGUCGUCGCAACGCCUGUGGUCGUCUUUGUUCUCGAUGGAAACGGUGAACUACCAUUCUUCGGUAAGAAGAACGAGACCACGGUCGCUGAGCUUAGCCUGGCCUCCAUCACGCAAACCGCCACGCCGAAAGCCUCCGGCGCGGCGGCUUCGCCAAUGGACGGACCCCAGGAAAGAAUCGUCGCAUUGACAACACCUCCGCGUCCCAAGUCUUCGCACGUUACUCCCGCCGGCUCGGCAGCCGGGUCAAGAUACCACGCCGCACCGCACCACAAGUCGGACUCCAACCGCGAACGCGUCUACGCUCCCACCGUAGGAGGCACAGCAAGCAGGACCACGAUCGGAGCCACGGCAGAGGUACAGGCUCUCAGCGAGCAAGUCAUUGUCGUGCCCAAGGGAGGAGUGAUGAGCAAGCUGCGGGCCGCCGGUGCGGCAGACUCUGCCGCUGCAAAGGCGCUUCGUAAAGCACGCCUACCCAAGUCUUCUCACUCCGAGGUGAACAUAUCGGAGCAGAGGGAUGACAACAACGCGACGUCUACAAUGACCACGGGGAACCACACAGCUAAGCCAAACCGGAAAUUGACGGAAACUCUGAAGCCGGAGACGAUGCCUGAACUCGUGCCCUCCGACGACUGGCGUGACUCCUCGUUUGUUAAUGACACGCUCGCCAAUAAGAGGUCAUUGGCCACUGCUAACGACACAAUACCCAACGACGAGAAAAAAUUUGUCGACUUCACAAAUGAACGUCGUGAAGACAAUGAUAUUGAAGACACCGGCAACAAAUCAUACAUUAAGACAGCAAAUGACAACCGAGAGCUGGAUUACAGUUCGAGGGAAACGACCGCACAGCCAGACUCGGGCGUCGGCGUAGACUACUACGAUGACAACAAGAACGAGACGUCGCCUUCUGGAAGCGCAGAGGCGGACGACAGCCACGGCGAGCCCAAGACACGGAACCGCAGGAUUUCCGGCGAGAUCAGCGUCCCGACCAAGUCCAGCAAGAAGCCGGACGUGUUUCAGACCGAAUACUACUACGACGAUUCGCCGUCACGCAAGACGGAGGAGUCGACGACGCAGGACAUCACGGAACCGGGAUACGAAAGCGUUCCCGAGCAGGAGGCCAUUGACGAACUCUUCUCCUGA